AUGGCCAGCGGUUUCUGGGUCGUGCCAAUGACGGAUCGGGCUCGCGAGAUCUCAGCGUUUAUCACCCCGUUUGGAUUAUUCGAAUGUAGCCGCAUGCCAUUUGGUUUAAAGAAUGCCCCGCAGAUUUACCAACGACUCGUAGACAACGCGCUGUAUGGAUUUCUGAAGAUCUCCCCAUCCGGCGACGUUGAGUCCACAACGGACGUGUUCCAGACAGGGACCGCGGACGAUCCUGAUCGAGAGUCGGUGUUAGAGCGAAGAUCAUACAUCGACGAUAUCAUGAUCGCAGCGGAAUCGUGGGAUCAAAUGUGCCGAAGAGUAGAGGAUCUGUUGGAAGCCUGUGAUAAGUGGAAUCUGUCGAUCAGUAUGGCUAAGAGCUUUUGGGGCAUGGAUAAGGAUAUUCGGGGCACCGAGUGUCGAUCGGAGGUUUGGGGGCGAGUCCGAGAGUCCGAAGGAUCUGAAAUCGUUGACCGAUCUGCCAUUCCCCGGAUCACUGCGAUCUGUGCAGUCAUUCCUGGGCAGCUUGAAUUACUCAGCCGAUUCAUCGAAGAUUACGCUAUCUAUGCCUCGGUAUUCUACGAAUUACGUGAAGUGGAGUUUGCAAAACUGGAGAAACAAUCGGAUCUAAACCGGAUCUUGGACCGGAAUGACCCGAUCUCUCGAGCUCACGACCCACCGGAAGUGAAGUUGACGAGACCAGUGGACGAGAGGUGGAUCAGGGCCCAUAGGGCCUUCAUCGCACUGAAAACCAAGAUCGCAACGACCCCGGUCCUCCGCCACUUCGACGAGACGAGAAUGCCGAUAGUCAUCGUAUACGCCAGUGAUUGGGCGAUAUCCGCUUCAUUGACGCAAGAACACGACGGGAUCUACCAUCCGGUGGCGUUCGCCAGUCGCACCUUGAAGAUGAACGAGUUGAAUUACAAUGUUUCUGAAAAGGAGGUGUUGGCACUGUUGAGGAUCUUGGAUCUCUAUUAUAAUUUGCUAGUAGGACGCGAGAUCCGGGUCCUGACGAGGCAUUCUACGUUAGCCUGCCUGUUCAAGUCUUCGGGAUUACAGGGUCGCCUGGACCAAUGGUCUGCCCUCCUGGCCCCAUGGAUACUCGAGAUCACGAAGUGCACAAAGGGUGAGGAUGAGAUACUGGGGGCGAUCGCCGCUAGUAUCACACCGAGGGCGAAGAUCGACGACGCUCUGACCGAUAUCGUCCCUCGAAAGGACUCUAAACGCCGGAUCCAAGCGCCGAUACCCAGAGACGAGGAACUAUGGGUGGUCAGCUUUGAUGGAUCCGCUCGAGUGAAGCGUGGUGGAGGUGCGUUCAGCGCGAUCGUGUGGAGUCUGUCCGGAUGGGAGGUGGCCAUGACCAGAUCAGGUUAUCUCGAGAGUCUCACCGUGAAUGAAGCAGAAUAUAACGGCCUGAUCCUGGGGUUAGACAUGCUCGAGGACCUAGAUCGCAGACGCCUGGUGGUUUGUGGUGACUCCAACUUAGUGAUCCGACAAGUACGGGGUGAGAUCGAUUGCAAAGCACCCGGACUAACGCUAUUGAAGCGGAAAGCCCCCGAACGCCCGAGGGAAUGGUGGGACCAUGAGCUGGUACACGUCAAGAGGGACUGGAACAGAAGUGCCGACAGUCUAGCAAGCGCCGCGUUGCAACACCAAGGGGGGAUCAAGGUCCAAGAGGGCCCCGAGUACCAGGAUCUGGUCACCUUGAACCGGUUAGACGAAAUCUUGAUCCCCAAGAUCGAGAAUCCAGUGGUGCGAGUUGCUGCGGUUACCACUCGAGCUGGUCGAGCAAGAUCACCGGCGGGUGUCAUGGAAGAGGGUUUGAUCCGCGAAAUCCGAAUCGAUCGGAUCAAGCGAGCCCAAGAGGAAGAAGUCUGGAUCGCCGGCAUGAAGAAGUAUCUGAGUGGCUCGAUCGCAGAUCUCACCCAAGCGGAAGCUAGAUCGUAUGGCAAGACCGCGACCGACUACGAGUCGGACGUUUUACACCACUAUCACACUACGUUGGAAGGAGGACACCAGGGAGUGCGGCGAACCUACCAGCGGAUCAGGGAUCACAUUCAUUGGAGGGGAUUAUACCGGAGCGUUCAGCGAUAUGUGGGGGAAUGUGUGGAUUGCGAGACAGGAAAAGGAAAAUCGGUGAUCCGGGGUGAAUCGCCAGGAAACUUGCAGGCGACGUACCCGUUCCAGAUUAUUGCGAUGGAUCAUAUACCGUCGCUACCCAGAUCCCACAAGGGGAACACUGAAUUAUUGAUCUGGGUCGACUUGUUCACAUGA